GGGGCAGCGUGCGCGCUGCGCGAGGCGCGGGGGGCCCGCUCCAGGGCCGAGGCGCUGCGCCGGUGGCGCCUCUCGUCGGCGCAGCGCCGCCGGUGCCGGGAGCGGCUGGGGGCCGCGCUGGGCAGGUUGCGGUCGGCGCUGUUGGGGGCCUGCCUGGCGUCCUGGUCGGAGGUGGUCGCCAGGCGGGUGCGGUGGCGGCAUCAGUGCGGCCUGGCCAGGUCCCACCUGGCCAGCGGGUGCGCGCUCUUGAGGCGCAGGGCGGCUGUGGAGCUGUGGCGGAACCGCUCUGUCCUGCAGCGCCAGCGCCGUGGGGGUCUGCGGGGCCUGGGCCGGCGGGCUGCGGCGCGACUUGCUCGCGAGGCAUUCCAGCUGUGGCAGGCGCGUCUGCGCUGGCUCAAGCUGAAGCAGCUCGCGGGUCGGCACGGGAACCUGCGCAGACGCCUGCUGCUGUUGGGUGACACGGCCUGGGCGUGGCGGUUCUGCGCGAGGCUGCUGCGCCUCGAGCGCCGGGCUGCGGAGCUGGGGAGCCGUCGGCUGCUGGGUCGCUGCUUCCUGGGGCUGCGGCUCCGCGGGCGGUUCGAGAAGCUGAAACGCCUCGCCCUGCAGAGAGGCCGCGCGAGGCGCGCAGUCGCCCUGGUCGGACAGGCUUUGGACCUCUGGGCCUGCCGCCCGAAGUGGCGCCGCCUGAAGGCUCUUGCCGCAGCGCGCGGCCGUCGCGGCAGGGAGGCUAGCCUCACGCGCUGCGCGUUGUGCUGCCUGGCGCUGUCCUUGAUGUGGCGCCGGCUGAAGAGGCUCGCCACCGACUGGGGCGCCCGCGCGGGCUCGGCCGCGCUGUGCCGGACGGCGUGGCAGACCUGGCGCGCCUGUGCGGGAUGGCACGCUCUGAAGCGGCGCGCGACCGACCUUGGCAGCCAGGCCACGGCAGUGCGGCUGCUGCGGCCCGCCCUGUGCGGGCUCUGGGCGGCCGUCCUGUGGCGGCGGCUGAAGCAGACCGCGGCCAAGCUGGGAAGAUCGUCGUCGGCCUCUCUCCUGUGCUCGUGGGCCUGGCGUUCGUGGGCCGCGGGCGCCCGCUGGAGAGCGCUGAAGGGCCGGGCCGCGCGUGGCGGCGCACGCCGCGCCGCCCGGCAGCUCCUCGCGCGCACGCUGCGGGGGUGGCGCGGCCGGGCCCUGUGGGCGGGGCUCAAGCGCACGACGGCCUGCCGGUGGCGCUCGGCGCUGCUGGCGCCGGCGG